AUGGGGGUGAGGAGGUUAGUGCGGGUGAUGGGGGUGAGGAGGUUAGUGCGGGUGAUGGGGGUGAGGAGGUUAGUGCGGGUGAUGGGGGUGAGGAGGUUAGUGCGGGUGAUGGGGGUGAGGAGGUUAGUGUGGGUGAUGGGGGUGAGGAGGUUAGUGCGGGUGAUGGGGGUGAGGAGGUUAGUGCGGGUGAUGGGGUGUGGGGUGAUGGGGGUGAGGAGGUUAGUGCGGGUGAUGGGGGUGAGGAGGUUAGUGUGGGUGAUGGGAGUGAGGAGGUUAGUGUGGGUGAUGGGGGUGAGGGUUAGUGCGGGUGAUGGGGGUGAGGAGGUUAGUGCGGGUGAUGGGGGUGAGGAGGUUAGUGCGGGUGAUGGGGUGAGGAGGUUAGUGCGGGUGAUGGGAGUGAGGAGGUUAGUGCGGGUGAUGGGGGUGAGGAGGUUAGUGCGGGUGAUGGGGUGA